GCAUGAGUCGCCCGGAUGGGCUCUCCUUCCUCGGUAUCGGACUGGCUCCUCUACUCACUGGUUCGUCUUGUCUAGUCCGACUAGUGCUGGCGCGCGCGGUCGGUCCAUUGCUUUGGUAUCUUAGCACAACCCACUAGUCAUCGGUUCGAGCAAAGAGAAGCCUGGAUCGACGCAGCUUCUCACUGUCGACCGGGCUCGGCUAUAAGUCAGGAAACCAAGCGCUGCGGAGGUCGCUUUCACUUUGUCACAGCAACCAACAGUGGAACUGGUCUGCGGGUAUACACUUCAUCACCCCCGAUAUGGUCACGUCGACGCCUACAAUCUCAAGACAACGCCCUGGCUCGGCCUGUGAGGAGUGUCGACGGCGAAAAGUGCGCUGUGACCGUCGUCGGCCUCAGUGUCAGGUGUGUUUUGAGACAGGGAUUGAGUGCAAGAUCAACACCACCAGAUUGCCUCGGGGACCUCGAAAGGGUCAGUUGCGUACGCUGCGCACAAGAAUCGCUGCCUUAGAGCGCUGCCUCGCAGAUCAGCAUCCAGAAAUCAACCACCAGAUGGCGAGUCUAUUUGACGGCACGGUACUUGACUGUGACUCGGAGGAUGAUCCCCUCCGGGACCUCACUUCACUGUCUGAUUCAAUCCCGGUUUCCGUAUCUCUGUCAACACUCCCGGACCCGGUGUUGGGGCCUGGGGAGGAGCUGGAGACGGGCGAGAGAGAUGCUCAUGCCACCAUCUCAUCCACCAAGAUCCAAUCACCAAGGACACCAGAGUCGUUACCACGGUCGACAGGCCUGGUCUCGGAGCUGAUGCGAGCUGAACUUGACCAACUGUAUUUCGAUCGGGUGCAUCCGUUCGCGCCUAUCCUCCAGCGCUGGCGCUAUCACGUUUGGGCUCGCCAACCCAAGAAGUCUGAUAGCCAGGUCUGUCUACAAUACGCUAUGUGGACGGUGGCAGCCUCUGUUUCUGCCCAGUUUCAGGCUCUACGCGAUCAGCUGUACACCGAAACGCGAAAAAUUCUCGAUUUCUUAGAUCGACCAGAUAGUAUAACAAUGAUCGCAGGGCUGGAACAGGCUCAGGCAUGGAUUCUAAUUGGGCUUUACGAGUACAUGCAACGGUCGGCUCUCCAGGCCUGGAUGAGCAUAGGAAGAUGCUGCCGACUGGUAUUAGGAAUGCGGCUAUAUGAGCUGGAUGAUUCCACCAACCCGGUGACGAUGGCACGGGAACAGGAAGCUAUAUUGGUGGAUUGGAUUGGGCUGGAGGAGCAGCGCAGGACUUUCUGGAUGGCGUAUUCGUUGGAUCGAUUUAUCAGUUUCCAUAAUGGGUUGCCGUUUACUCUGCAUGAACCAGUGAUCACCACCCGGCUGCCCAGCCCGGAAGAGGAGUUCCAAUGCGGGCAACCAACCCUAACACCAUACUUACGCGAAGUUAUGAACCAGCAUCCUCACCUUCAUAAUCCAUUUCAGCCCAAUCUAUACCAAUAUCCCCACAUCUACGCCAUUCCUCAUUCCCCGACUUCACCCACCCACCUUACAAUGGCCUUCCCACCCGUGGCAACACCAACCAACCCCACAGCAACACCCGUCCUCAAUCCGGAUCUCAAUCAAGUCACCCACUCGAGCUUCACCGAAUUCAUCCUCCUAGCCACGAUCGUCGGUCGAGUCCUCUCGCACCGCCAAGCUCUGGUGAUGGAGCAACCCUUCCAACCGUUUCACCCGCCUCUUUCCCCCACAAGUCCCCACACCCCGAUUCCAAAUUCGCUUGAUGCCUUCUGGAAUCGUCAUCACGCUCUUCAUGCAAUCCUCAGUGCCCGAAUUCAAUCCCUUUCAUCCAAUCCGCAGGCUCUGGAUGAUCCCUUAAUCAUGUUCGCGCGCAUCGUUGCGCAAAGUAUGGUGCUGUUCCUGCACAACGUUCUCGAGUCCGUCGCGUGGAAGUCUGGUGGGGAUCAACUAUUAGGCAUCAUUGAAGAUGAGCGGCUAUGUGUGCUAGCCGCGCAUGAGGUGGUAGGGCUGGUGAAGGUGCAAGGACAGUUGGGGUAUUUUAAGGUCCACCCUCUCACCCCAAUUCCCUUGAUGAUGUGCACCGAAUUUCUGACUGCUCAUGCGUACCUUGAUCCCUCGUUCGAGGUCAUGCUGCAUGAGCUGCUGGAAUGCUUGGGCGACCUAGAAAGAGUGAAGAACCCCGUGCAGAGUCCGACCCUGUCUGCAGUUUAAUAGUCCGUAUUCUCUCAACGAGAACUGCAUCUGUUUUAUCGAUUGAUUUUAUCAUUUUCGGUGUUGGUCUGGAUUGGCUUGAAAUAAGGUCAUCAUUGUUGCGUGGAAAGCUUGUGGUUUUAUGGUUAUGGCCGAGGCGUUAUGAAUGAGGGCAAGGUUUAUCAUCCGUACUUUUUCUCCCGACUCUUGAUUUGGCUCGAUUCAGCUUCAAUCGCCUCUGCAGGCUCAUAGGACUCAAUGAACUGUUGCUGUUGGGUGGUGUUGUGUUCGUUGCCCAUCAGAUGGCAGGAUAUUAUAUUGAAGGGCUGGCCACGGGGAUGCAUGAAGGGGAGCAGCCGGGGGCUUGCUUAUAAGAUACAGUUCAACCUAAUAUAACGG